AAAUGGGAAGGGGACGGGACGACAAAGAUAGGCAGUUACUUUUACCUCCGGAAAGAAACAAAACGCAGAGCCUGACACACAAAAUUCAGCCUGGGGACAGCCAGCCGGACAGUCACCAGAAGGGGAAGCCGCGAGUGGAGGUGGAGGAAGGGAGGGACAAAGGGAGGCAACUUCAAUGCAGGUGACACCAACUUCGGCUUGCGCGGGUCGGAUUCAGUUUUCCUUCAGACCUCCGAGCCUGGAGGCUGUGGGGAGGUUAAUACCAGCAGCCGAAGGAAAUCGCCGGAGCGGCCGCGCAGCUCUGAGCGACAGGAGCCGGCGACGACCCUCGUGGACGAAAGUGCAAAGAGAAGCAAAAUGCACCUGAAGGACAAAGUGGCUCUGGUCACUGGGGCAGCUCAGGGCAUAGGCAAAGCCUUCGUCGAAGCUCUGCUGGGAAAGGGUUGUAAGGUGGCACUUGUGGAUCUGAAUGCAGAUGCAGGCAAAGUCAGCAAAGAUGCCUUUGAUAAGCAAUAUGAUCCACAGAGAACUAUCUUCAUUCCUUGUGAUGUUUCAAACGAAGAAAAACUUAAAGAUGCAUUUAAGAAAACAAUUCAACAUUUUGGAAAUCUGGAUAUUCUGGUCAAUAAUGCUGGAGUGAAUGAUGAAACGAACUGGGAAAACACCGUUCAAAUCAACUUGAUUUCAGUGAUUAGAGGAACAUAUAUUGGACUAGAGUACAUGAAAAUUGAAAAUGGUGGAAGUGGAGGGGCUAUUAUUAAUACAGCAUCAUUAGCAGGGCUGUGGCCAGUUGCAUACCAACCAGUGUAUUCUGCUUCAAAGCAUGGAGUAAUUGGAUUUACACGUUCAGUGGCUCUGGCUGCUAGAGCAAAAAAUUAUGGUGUACGAAUAAAUGCUAUCUGUCCUGGUUUUGUCAACACACCAAUUCUUCAUACCGCUUUCCAGGAAGAAUAUAUGGGUUUAUAUUAUUCAUUCAAAGAAGAAAUCAAAGAUAAGAUGGAAUUCUAUGGCAUUUUGGACCCGUCACUAAUUGCUGAAGGACUGAUAAAAAUCCUUGAAGAUGAUUCAUUAAAUGGAGAAAUUAUGAAGAUUACAAAACAAGGAAUUAAUUUUCAUGAAUAUUGUACAUAGCCAUAAAAAUAAACCUUUCUAUUUUUUCAUGGAAUAGUUCAUAAUAUUUCCUGUCCUAAAUUCAGGAAUACUAAACUGUUAGAAGAAUAUCUUGGUUAUGUUAAUACUUCAUUUCAAUAUGAAAACUUCUGCCAAUACGUGAAGGAUUUUUGGUAUUAGAAAUUACUUAUAUUUUCAUCAAUUAAUAUUUCAAAUGCUGUAAAAAUAUACUAUAUAAUUUUAAUUGUGAAAAGUAGAGUUAUAAAUGUGAUGUUUAGUAAGUGAUGGCUUAAUCAAUUUAGAGUUUUUAUAGAUUUAAGAGAAGAGAAAUAACAUUACACGCUCUGUUAUUCAUAAAUUAAUCCAAGCAGCAUGACAGAAUUUCAGGAUCUGAUUUACAUAGUAUAGGAUUGCAUAUUUAAGAUUUCAUUCAAAUUAAAUAAUUUUAUCUUUGUAAUGAAUUUUGCCAAGUCUUUUUUCCCCACUUCUACAGACAUAUUUAACAAUAUAUACUGUAGUUAUUUAGUUGAACCUGUCAAAUAAUAUUCGCUCAAUCAUUAUGCUAAAUGUAAGAUUGUUAUCUAGUUACAUUAAAAUAGAACUCAUAAUUUGGUUCACCUUUCUCACAAAAUAAACUUGCACUAGAAAAAUAAAUGAACAAAAGCUUUUUCUGAGAGAGAGAGUGAUUUCUGCUGGCAGAAUAUUGUACUUUUAGGUACAAUAUCAUGAGUCAACACAAAAUUUUAAACAUUUGGAAUACAAUGUUAAAUUAAAAAUAUUUUUACUUA